CGGAAUUGAAACCUUUAAUAAAAUAUGUUGAGCGAAAACCCUAUAAUUCUCUAUAUGAAAAACCCAGAUCCUAUAUUUUAUGGAAUGAUGGAUGAUCUAGUGAUUCAGACAUUAAAGAAAUAGAAUGCAACAAUAAUAGUAACUGAAUUGGAAGAAUUAAGUGUCAUAAUCGGAGGAGUAUUGAAUAAAUGAAAUAAUAGGAAUUUAUAUUUUUAAGAAAUGGAGAGCAAAUAUAAUUUGAUGCAUUUUUAGGUUAUGGAUAUAUGGCACCAAAACACUAUAUGGAUUAUAUGUAUUUUAAUUUUGCUGCAUAUACAUCAGGAAAAACAACAUUAUAUACUCCAUAAACAGAAAACAUAUUAUAAAACAAAUUAUUACAAUAUGCAAAAUUUAGUGAAGGGUAAGUACCAUUUCCUCGUUGUAGUGCAUCAUUUUCAGUUAAGUAAUUUAAAUAAAACUUAUCUUAAUUUGAAAAUAAGUCAAUAAUGAAAGAAGUAGUAGGAUAUGAAGGAACAGGUGUAAAAUUAUCAAGCAAUAAAAUAUAAAGUACAGAAAUCUUUUGUAAAUCUUUAUGGAAUGGAGAAUAGGCUAUAAUAUAAGAUUUUAUAAGUGAUUCUGUAGGUAGGUCAAUAAGAGUAUUAGUUAUAGGUGGUAAAGGAGUAUCAGUAACAGAAUUCUAAGAUAAUAUUGUAUAAAUGAUAAUAUAUAUUAGGAUUUUAAAUCGAAUGGGUAUAGUGAUGAUUUUAAAAUAGAAUCUAAAAUGGAUAGUGAAAAAAAAGAAGAAUAUUUAAGAUUAGCAGAAAAAGCCUGUUGUGCAAUAGAUCCUUAAUUGACAAUAGGAGGUGUAGAUAUAAUUGAUUCAAGAAAACAUGGAUUAGUAGUUUUAGAAAUAAAUUAAUGGCCAGAAAUAACAUUUUCUGAAGAUGCUACUGGAUUACCAUUAUUCGAUUAUUUUGGUUAAGAAUUCAUAAGAAAGAUAAUUAAAAAUAAUAAAGAAAAAGUGUGA